AUGGGCUCCUGCACAUGCAGUCUUUAUGUACUUGAGAGAGCAGUAGAUGAAGAUGCUGCAACAAUUGGUGUCAUUGGUGUACAAACAAGAAAUGUUUUCGUUUCUCCGCCUCUUAUGUGUUAUCCGUUUAACGCUUCAUCCGAACAAGAUCAAUGGAAGUUGAAUGAAUCAUCAACUUUGAUUACAAAUUGUAUUUCAUUAGCACAUGAUGAACGAAUUCUCGCUUAUGCAACCUCGGCUGCCAUUAAACUCAUGGAUCUCCAAACUGGACGUGAAAUGCGAACAUUGGUUGGCCAUAAAGGACGGAUUAAUGCCAUAUCCCAAAGUAAUAGGUCUAUAUAUAUGUGGACAUCGGCAGCUACUGACUGCACAGUAACUCUUUGGGAUACAAGACAACAUCCGGCUAACGUACUAGUGCGGCGUUUUGAUCGUUCAACUAACUGUUUAUGUUAUAGCCCGAAUGAUGCUUUCAUAGCUCUAGGCUCUGAUCACCUGUACUUGAUGGAUCCACGUGUCAAAGAGUACAGGUCUUUUCCCUCUUCAUCUCAGGUAUUGCAUGUAUCCUUCCAUCCUUCUGAAUAUUUGCUGGCAACGGGAUCCGAGGAUCGACUAGUGCGUUUCUGGGACAUUGAUACUGAAGAAUGCGUUUCACAAAGUGGUCCGGCGGAUGGUACACUCAGGGAAGUUGCUUUUCAUGAUGGUGGCUCAGCGCUAUUCACACUUACCGACCGCAAAUGUAGCGCAAUCUCAUGGGAACCAUUCGAAAUGCUCGGACAAUGUAUAGUUCCACAAAUGGAUUAUUCCUUAAGUUUGGCGACUUCAGAUUCAGAAGUUUUUGUUCUUGGACGAUCUGUGCUGUCGAGAAGCUUAUCUUUACUGAUGGAACCUUAUGCGAAAUUUCUUGCUCAAGAAGAGUCACUGAAAACCGGAGAUCGAAGUGAUAAGCUGAAGACAGCAGGCAAACUAAAUUUAUCGGAGGCAAGCCCUGGUGAUUCGAAAAGGAACGAGCUGAAAAAAGAAUUAUUAUUAGAAAAGAAGGAACCGCUACAUUAUUACGAUGAUCGCAGCGCAUUUGUACCGACACAUACACUACCACGUACACCACCUUCACGGCCCGUGCGAGUAAUACCGCGCACUGAAAAUGCAACCGUUGCUGUGACUACGACAACUACACCACUGACGACGAUUAUAUCUAUGUCUGCAAAAACAAAAACAUUGAGAACGAAGCGAAAUGAUGCAAAUUCGAGACUGGUCCAUUCGAAAGUUGCCAGUACCUCGCGAAAAGUGAAUAGUAUGGUCCUUCGAGCAUCACAAUCUAACUUAUCAUCUCGAAAAGAAGCGCAUUCUGAUGCGACAGCAAUGGAAGUAACAAAUUCAAUGCCGGAUAUUCGAUGUGCUGUCUCUGGAAAGAAGGAAGAGAAAAACCGUGGUCUUGAUGAUAAUGAUGAAAUGAAACAUCAGCAUCAACAAAAGCAGUUGUGUCGGAAUCGAGGUCAGGAAAUACCAAACGAACCAUACAGCUUAGGUGAUGUAAUUGCCGGUUUAGACAAACUUGAAAUGAUAAUCAAUCAACGACGUGUGGUACUGGAGGAUGUGUUACGCUGUUGGCGAACACGCGGCUCUGAAGCGGCAGUCACAGAAGCUGCGCGAUCCAAUGAUAUAGCAGUAUUGGUUGAGUUGGUUGAUGCAUUCAAUCAUAUGCCUGGAGUUUGGAAUUUGACAUUGUGUGCUGCUAUUCUGCCACAUAUCGAGCCAUUGUUCGCGAAUAAACAUGAAGAUUAUGUGGAGGUAGCAUUAAAUGCGCUCAGGGCAAUAAUUACGGGUUGUGGAGAUGUAAUUCGUACUGGUUCUCAUCGUCGUUUCCAAAUUGGUGUUGAUGUUCCUGCUGAAGAACGACACAAUAAAUGUAUAAAGUGUAUGCAGCAGCUGACAAAUAUAAGGGUUAAAGCUACUUUGUUAGCGGAUCGUAUGAACAAGUCGCAAUCGCAUGAAUUUACUGCUCUUAUGCGAAUCUUCGACGACACCUUAUCGCCAAGUUAG